ACCCGAAAUAACAUUGUUGGGGGAUUGCCUUUCAGGGUCCAGAUGAAUUGUCGCCAGACUUGCCACUGCUACUUCCCAGUUAUAAACAACUGCGUCAUAGCGGAGUCACGUGACAUGACUGGCUUUUUUUUUGGGGACCAAUCAACGUCGUUAAAGAAAUAGGAAAUGAAAUCCGUGCCCUUUGGACCAUUAAGAGACUCCUUCCUGAGUUUGGAUGUUUUCCACAAGCAGAUUGUGAUUGGGACAGCGGUUGCAGCAGGGGUUGCGUUGUUGUACAUUCGGCACAGAAGAUGUAAAGUCCAAACUAUUCCUAUUGGUGAAGGAUGGUGGGGAGCAGGCAAGAGGCCACAGUCAGAAGAUGACAAUAUCUAUCCGUUUGAGGUUCAAACCUCAGAGGAUGAAAUCAAGGACCUCCAUGAGCGCCUUGACAAAACCCGAUACACGGACCCGCUGGAAGAUGAAGCCUUUCAAUAUGGAUUCAAUUCAACUUAUCUCAAGAGGGUGACAUCCUACUGGAGACAUGAGUUUGAUUGGAAAAAACAAGUGGCAGUGCUUAACAAGUAUCCGCACUUCAAAACUAAAAUUGAAGGUAUCGAUGUGCAUUUUAUCCAUGUGCGACCAGUUCAACGGAAAAAUCAAAAGGUUAUCCCGCUUAUGCUUGUUCACGGCUGGCCAGGCUCAUUUUUUGAAUUCUACAAGAUCUUGCCACUUCUCACAGAGAGCCAUGACGAUCUUGCCUUUGAGGUCGUAUGCCCGUCCAUACCAGGCUAUGGUUACUCUGAGGCUCCUCAUAGACAAGGUUUUGACAGUCUCGCUGCUGCAAGAAUUUUCCUCAAGCUGAUGGAGCGUUUAGGGUUCCCGAAGUUCUAUCUACAGGGAGGAGACUGGGGCUCCCUGAUUACGACCAACAUGGCACAAAUGAAGCCUUUGUGUGUGAAAGGCCUACACUUAAACAUGUUUAUGAUAAGAAGAGGGUUUAAAGUGCUGAUGUCGCUCCUGAUUGGCCCUUAUCUGCCCUUCUUGGUGGGCCUGAAUCGGGAAGAUGUGCGUCGUUUGUUCCCUUUCUUUGAAAAGUGUGUGUGGACCAUCAUGAGGGAAUCGGGCUACUUGCACAUUCAGGCUACCAAACCUGACACUGUUGGCUGUGGAGUGAAUAAUUCCCCUGUAGGCUUGGCAGCCUACAUUCUGGAGAAGUUUUCAACCUGGACUAACGUCGAAAACAUAGACUUGGGGGAUGGUGGGCUAGAAAGGAAAUUUAGCCUGGAUGACCUCUUAACAAAUGUCAUGAUCUACUGGACAACAGGCUCCAUGGUCUCAUCCAUGCGCUUCUAUAAAGAAAACCUUAAGGGUAAUCUUGACAAAAGGAUUGAUUCAAGGAGAAGGGUAUCUGUACCAACUGGAUUAGCUGCCUUCCCUGGAGAGCUGAUUCACUCCCCUAAAUCGUGGGCCCAAACUAAGUAUCAUAACAUUGUCUCCUACACAUUCAUGCCUCGUGGUGGUCACUUUGCUGCUUUUGAGGAGCCUCAACUGCUUGCCAGUGAUGUAAUCCAAUUUGUUAGAGAGGUGGAGCAUUGAGCAAAACCCUGUACACAAUUAUUUCUCAAUAUUCUAAUGGUCUUUAAUUAUCAGAUAACUCUUUUGUUGGCCUGAAUGAUUUGCCAUUUCUACACUCAAUGUUGUAAUUUAAUCAUAAAUUACUAUUUUUUUAAGGUUCUUUUCUCAGGCAAAGUCUGAGAAACAAUAAAUUAAUAUUCAAUUACCAUAAAUGAUAUCAUGGUUUUGUAGGUUAAGUACGCUGGCCCUGAAGUGCAAAAACCAACGGCAAAUCAAAAAACACAAUGGAAAAUUCUGGAAAAAAAACAAAAACAAACGGGAAUUAAAAACAAACAAAAUGGCAAAUUUAAAAAUGCAACGGCAAAUCCAAAAACAAUGCCUUUCUUGCAGUUUUAAUUUUUUGAUUUGCCGUUGUGUUUUGCACUUCAAGGCCACCAUAAUUAAGCUUGUGCUAAAAGAAAUUAAUCAAAAGUUUAUCCACUUCGAGUUGUUGAAUUACAAAACACUUUUUUUUUUUUAAUGCAUUCACUACAACCUGAAAUUCUAACAAGUGUGUUGUAAUCUUUAAAUA